CGAGCGCACGUUGUGUCAUUCGUCUCCGUUUUCCACCCAUCAUUCGCUCGCCCGUUUCCAGCCGCGAGGAAAAUCCACGAGGAAUUUCGUCUUUUGCGGAAAAGCAAGCGGUGCCCGUCUUUUUGCCGUACGUGCGGAACCCAAGUAGCUAGUGUGCAUCGCAUCGUCAUGGCGGAUCUGGAUGAUUUCUUCGCCAAGAAGGACAAAAAGAAGGGCAAGGCGAAAAAGUUUGGCACCGCCGAGGAGAUAGCCAAGCAGCUAGAUGACACGUCGAAGAAGGUCGUCGAAAGUAAGAUGAAGCUGCGGCCGGUGGAUUCGGAUGGCAAACACGAUCCCAACGAGCCGGAAGACGAGUGGAAGGUGUUCGAGGAGACGAAGAAGGACUACAGCGGACUGAAAUUGGCACAGCUGAAUAUAGACGACGAUGCGAACCAUCACGAUUCGGAGAACUCGGGCGGCAUGCACGAUCCGUCCUACGAUGGAGAGGGCCGGGAAGGCGAAGAGCGCGAUCCAAACAAACCGUGGAUGAAAAAGGAUGCCGCGAAUGCAGCGAAGAAGGAGAAGGCUGCACCGGCCCCGGAGGCUCCAGCAACCACAAGCAAUAUUUAUAUCAGUCCAGCAAUGAAAAGUCUCAUGGCAAAACAGAAACAGAAGAAAGGCAUCGCGCCGGAUCUACAGAGCGAGGAGUACUUCCCGACGCUGGGCCAGGAAAAGCCGGCUGAAGCCCCCAAACCGCCGAAAGUGGACCCGUCGUUCGAGGAGGUGAAGCACGGCGUGCGGGCGAAAACGGUCGAACAGUCCUCAACCAGCGGCCAGAUCAGUAUCGGCAACCGGUUCAACUCAUUGAACAACGAUGCGAGCUAGGGACCAAGUUCCGCGGGCCGCCCAGUAUCGUUUUAAACUUUUAUACAACUACCGUGCUACACACUACUACUGCUGCUGCAUCAAUAUAUGUUGCGCGCCGCCUACUACGUUCUCGUACUCUCUCUCUCUCACCCUCUCUGUUAACUGCAUUUGGGUCGGUGCCUUGGGUCGUUCCGUUUGAGAGCCGCCGGAUGGAAUUUGUGUAGGAGUUUUCCUUUUGUUUUCGUUUCUCAUCUGCUUUUUGUUUAUUGUUCCCUGCCCCAGACCAGCCAGUACGGCUCCUUUGAUCGUUGUGCAUGUGUGUGUCAUGCGAGCCUGAUUUCGAUUUGUAUCCUGAACAAUUGCUGCACUGUUGCCGAGCGAGUGCACGAUUGGCUGUGGCUGAACGACUGCCCUACUGCCCCCGAGUUUGUAUAAAUUGCAACUACAAAUGAAAUAAAAUCGUAAAAAGGGAACCUCGGAA